AUGCAACGUAGGGCGCGUGCUGUGUGCACCAGGUGCCACAGUCCGAUGAAGAUCCGUUGCGACCUAGAAGGUCGACAAAAUGGCAGUUGCAGCCGUUGCGAGCAUGAAGGCCAUGCGUGCCAACCUCACAUUGGACCUCGAAAGCAAAGGAAAUCCCUCCGCUCUUCGCUUUAUUCGUCAGAUACAAGUCUCCUGUCGCCAAGCCGAGCAAUCCCAUCCGUGACCCAGGAAAGUGCAGCACAGGAAGCCACACCCUCUCCCUUUCGUCCUCUUGGCAACCGGGAUAUAACCUGUGUGGGACCUGGCAAUGUCAAUGGCUCGCAACAGCCGAAUUCCAUCGAUGGAAGUCAGCUCAUCCUAGAUAUAAGCCAAGCUUGUCGCCUUCCAUCCCCCGUCCUCGCCCAAGCGCUUACCGAUUUCUAUUUCCGUGAGCUUUUCUACUUUGUCCCAGUUUUGGAUCGUGGGCAGUCCGAGAUAGAAACCUCUACUUUGCUACAGCAAUGCCUGUAUUUCGCGGGAAGUACCAUGCGUCAAACAGCAGGGCCAGCCGAGUGGACCACCUUUGCCAUUUACGGGCGGAUCAAAACAUUGCUCUUUUUGCACCACGAUCCAGCUCCGUUGAAUAUGCUCAGCACGCUUUGCAUUCUCAGCACCUGGCUUCCAUAUUCUCCUGACGCGAUAGUGCUGGACAACCCGUGGCAAUGGGCUGGUAUGGCAAUCCGACUGGCGAUUCAAUUGCAUCUGCACGAGAACGAGACAUACAGCAAAUUAGAGCAUCCUGGAAGAGCGCGCAGAAUGUGGUGGUAUCUUUUUAUCAACGAUACUAUGCAGACGGCUUGCUGUGGACGUCCUGGAAUGUUUCCCUUGCAAACCUCUGUGCCACUGCCUGUUCCUAGUGACUUCAAAGAGCCCGAUCUCGGAUCACACGUUUUCUGCCACUUAGCAGAUCUCUGUACACACCUUAGGAAGGUCCUGGACCUGGCCAGAGCUGAUAACACCCCAUCAGAGCAGGUGUAUCUGAGCCUGGACGGACUGAGAGUGUGGAGAGAAAAGUUGCCUCUCGAAAUGCAAUUGUUCGACAUCGAAACUAGACAACCAUACAAUCGCGCUGUUGCUGAGCUCCAUAUAUUUUACCUGGUGACUGUUAUUUUAACCUGCUUCCUUGGCCGUCGGGACAACCCGUCAUUGUUCAAAUACGCUUCAAUGGCUGCUUCAUCCUGUGUUUCUCGGCUGUACGAGGAGAUUCUCUACCACGAGGAUGUUAAAUACCUACUGCCAAUCCAUUCUUGGACUCACCUCGUCGCCGGAAUCCCACGAGCUUUCAGCGACAGCGAUACAUUGAACCCAGACCGAGGCGAGGAACUCAGAAUUAGCAAACAGGUGCUGGAAACUAUGAGUGAGAAGCAGACAUCCGCUGCUUUUGUACUCAACAAAGUCAACAGUCUCCACAAUGUGCGAGCAGAUCCGUUUCCAGCUCAAGCCGAUAAUACGUGGGAUGCUUUCCCCGUGCCUGGGCAAAUGAAGGUGGCUCAGCUCUUCCCUUUCCCCUCGAGCUUUUGCCCUAUGCUUGCCCUUAUAAGAACUGCGGAAACUAGUGGAAACCAAGCACCGGAUGCGCUUCUUACUUUGCCUGUGGAUAGCAAUGAUUGGCCUAUAGAUUGGUCCUUUUUCUUAUUUGACGGUCCUAUGAGCUUCUGA